CGAUUUUAUGGAUGGUCACCUGACGUUCGAGUGCACGGCUCCAACAAGUCUUUCUUACUCAAGACGCCAUCGUAGAGGUCGGCCUGUAAUACCGCAACACAAUGGCACCAAUUAAAAAAUCGAAAAAGGCAAUGGAGAGCAUCAACUCACGCCUGGCUUUGGUGAUGAAGUCUGGCAAAUAUGUUCUUGGAUUCAAACAGUCUCUUCACGCCCUACGUCUAGGAAAAGCAAAGCUGAUUAUAAUUGCUAACAACACACCAGCUCUCAGGAAGUCAGAGGUAGAGUAUUAUGCCAUGUUGGCAAAGACAGGGGUCCACCACUAUGCUGGCAACAACAUUGAACUUGGAACAGCCUGUGGAAAGUACUUCCGUGUUGGUACCCUUGCCAUCCUUGAUCCAGGGGAUUCAGACAUCAUCCGUACUAUGCCAACUGAGUAGAAUCUUGACGUCUGCCACAAGUUGCCUACAGGUAGAAGGUCUUGGUCUUAAAUAAAAAAAUAAUUAUA